AUGCCUGGUCUUCGAUGUGCAGUUUAUGGCUGUAAUAACAGUUUUGUUGGGGUAAAAGCCAAAGGGGAAGAUAUCAAAUUUUUUCCAUUUCCAAAAUCUAAUAAUUUAGUUUCACAAACAAUUUACAAGGAGUGGAUAAAUCGUUGUAACAGGCAGGACAGUUUUAAUCCGAAUCAUAGCCGAAUAUGUUCUAUUCAUUUUACCAGUAAUGAUUUUGAGAGAGACCUGAAGAAUGAACUUUUAGGAUUACCUACAAAAAAAAUGUUAAAUAAAAUGGCUGUUCCCACGAUGCAUUUGCCACUUCAGAGUAAAAAAAUGUGUACUUCAUCCAGAGAGAAGAGACUAUUAAUCCAUGAAAAAAAAGCAGUUGUGCAAGAAAUUUUAAAACAGCAACACAGAAAAUAUACCUGAAACUGCAGUUCCUUCUACUUCUGAAACUAAUCUGGAGUUUAGUGUACUUCCUUCUUUUGGUAUGUC